GAUACUCACUUCGGCGACGGGUUACACCAAGCCACGCUGCCUAGAGACAAGUUUCUCAAAUCUCAAGAGAUCGCAAUCACAGCCGUCGCCAUCUACCAAGUCGCCUACCCAUUGAUCAAAUCAACCUUUCUUCUUCAGUACCGGCGCGUCUUUCCAUUGCCGGCUUUUCAAAAGUUAUGUAAUAUUUUCUUGAUCUUUAUUGUCGCCUUUGGGAUAUCGCAGGUGGUUUCAGUCUGUCUUGCCUGUAUCCCACUCAGGAGCCUCUGGGACCACACAGUACCCGGCCGAUGCAUAAGACUUCUCGACUGGUGGAUCAUCGGGUCAUCGAUAAACCUCUUCACCGACAUCGUCAUCUUUGUCAUGCCACUACCACUGCUACGGACGAUACCCCUGCCGAUGAGGCAAAAGAUAGUGCUAAUGGCAACGUUCGGACUCGGCUUCUUCACCUGCGCGAUCUCAGUCGUCCGCCUCACGACACUAAAGAGCUCAUCAACCUCAACCGACGCAACAUACAACACCGUCAUCGCCGGAAUCUGGUCAAUAACAGAGCUAAGCUGCGCCAUCAUCUGCCUCUGCGUCCCGACCCUCCGCCCUCUCCUCGGGGGACAAAACUCAAGGGUGCGACCGCCCUCCUACCUACGACCCAACAUCGAAGAGAGCGCCGACACAGAGCUUUACACGCAGUCCGACGGCGACGGCGGGGUGAAGAGCAACACGCGGCGAUCGCGAGCAGAUUCGUGUGACCACCCGACCAGCGACCACAGGGAGAUCCAUCACGACGUCGAAGCCGGUGGCGGUGGUCGAGCUCCGCAUCCGCGGAUAGAUCUGAGUGACGUACCCGGGAUCCUGCCCCCUCCCGCGGUACACAUCACGCCGUACCAGGACUCGCCUUCAUACGAAGACUCCCCGCAACGAGAGACGAUACCGCUCACGAGAGUCGAAACCGAGGAAGGCGUACGAUUUCUAACCGUCGACGCACCCGAAGCAGAACUACCUACGCCGCUGAAGCCUCCGCCGCUACGACAUACUGACAGAGGACCGAGCCCGGAGGACGGAGGGUACUUUGGCGCCGUUGUACGUGAUGUGUCGGGCCAGCCGCGGCUACCUGGUGUGUCUCCUGUGGCAUCGAGGAGCAGCUUGGUUCGGGAUAAAGGCGAUUCUGACAGACCUAGCUAGCUGCCAGGAGUCACGAGGACCGACGCCGGGUUGCUUUUUGGGCGUUUGGAUGUUUCGAUGAUGGCAGGGAUGCUCAAUGAUAUCAUAAUAGCAAGAGUAUGGCGUUUCGGUAUAGAUUAAAGGCGGUGCAACAGAAGUUUAUGAACCAAGGAUUACGAAUAAUUGACACCAAUGACUGUGGAUGGCUCUUUGAAGAACAUGGGAUAACUCUCGAACUUGCAGACAAGACAAUAGAAGCCAGGACACAAAGUAGUGGGAAGCCAACUGUUGUCUUAGACGGGUGUUAUGGUGCGGAACAUUGUGUCAACAUACGAGGGCUGGAUGCGUUGUGCAACAGAAUCAGA